AUGUCACCACUUAUUUCACCAGAAUCAUCUACAGAUCAGUCAUCCACAUCUGAAUUUACAGACAAUUUAUUGACAUCUGAAUCUCCAGGAACUUUAUCCACACCAUUGUUUGCACCAUCAGCUUUUACUUUUGCAGAAUCUUCUACAGAUCAGUCAACAACAUCUAAAUCUCCAGAAACUUCAGCCGUGCAAACAGUUGGCGAAACACCAUCUACUUUCUCUGAAUUAUCUACAGAUCACUUAUCAACAACUGAAUCUCUAGUAACUUCAGCAACAGCAUUAGUUACAAUGUCAUUAUCUACUUCACCAGACUCAUCUACAGAUCACUCAACAUCUGAAUCUUCAGAAACAUCAACAAAAAUGAUUACAGAAUUUCUAUAUACUUCCCCAGAAUCAUUAACAUAUCACUCAACUGAAUUUCCAGAAACUUCAGCAACACACUCAGUUACAGCAUCACCACCUACUUCACCAGACUCAUCUACAGAUCAUUCAUCAACAAAUGAAUCUCCAGAAACUUCAGCAACACCAUCAGCUACAAUGUCGCCAUCUACUUUUCCAGAAUUAUCUACAGAUCACUUAUCAACAGUAGAAUCUCCAGAAACUUCAGCGACACAAGCAGGGACAGCAGCACCAUGUACAUCACCAGAAUCCACUACAGAUCAGUCAACAACAUCUAAAUCUCCAGAAACGUCGGCAGCACAAAGAGUUGGUGCAACACCAUUUACUUUCUCUGAAUUAUCUAUAGAUCACUUAUCAACACUUGAAUAUCCAGAAACUUCCGCAACACAAGCAGUUACAGCAUCACCAUCAACUUCACCAGAAUCAUCUACAGAUCACUCAACAUCUGAACCUUCAGAAACAUCAACACAAAUGAUUUCAGAAUCUCCAUAUUCUUCCCCACAAUCAUCAACCCAUCACUCAUCAACACCUGAAUCUCCAGAAACUUCAGCACCACAAACAUUUACAGAAUCACCAUCUACAUCACCUGAAUCACGUUUAGAUCACUCAACAUCUGAAUCUCCAAAAACAUCAACACAAACAAUUUCAGGAUCUCCAUAUACUUUCCCACAAUCAUCAACAUAUUACUCAUCAACACCUGAAUCUACAGAAAUAUCAGCAACACAAGCAGGUACAGCUGCACCAUCUACUUCACCAGAAUCCUCUACAGAUCAGUCAACAUCAUCUAAAUCUCCAGAAUCUUCAGCAGCACAAACAGCUGGUGCAACAACAUCUACUUUCUCUGAAUUAUCUAUAGAUCACUUAUCAACACUUGAAUAUCCAGAAACUUCAGCAACACAAGCAGUUACAGCAUCACCAUCAUCUUCACCAGAAUCAUCUACAGAUCACUCAACAUCUGAACCUUCAGAAACAUCAACACAAACAAUUUCUGGAUCUCCAAAUACUUCCCCACAAUCGUCAAGAUAUCAUUCAUCAGCACUUGAAUCUCUAGAAACUUCAGCACCACAAGCAUUUACAGCAUCACCAUCUACAUCACCAGAAUCAUCUACAGAUCACUCAACAUCUGAAUUUCCAGAAACAUCAACACAAAUGAUUACAGCAGUUUCAUAUACAUCCCAAGAAUCAUCAACAUAUCCCUCUUCAAGACCUGAGUCUCCAGAAACUUCAGCAGAAGAAACAGUUACUGCAUCACCAUCUACUUUCUCAGAAUUAUCUACAGAUCACUCAUCAACAAAUGAAUCUGCAGAAGCUUCAGCAACACCAUCAGUUACAAUGUCGCCAUCUACUUUCUCAGAAUUAUCUACAGAUCACUCAUCAACAAAUGAAUCUGCAGAAGCUUCAGCAACACCAUCAGUUACAAUGUCGCCAUCUACUUUUUCAGAAUUAUCUAUAGAUCACUUAUUAACAGUUGAAUCUCCAGAAACUUCAGCGAAACAAGCUGGGACAGCAGCACCAUGUACAUCACCAGAAUCCACUACAGAUCAGUCAACAACAUCUAAAUCUCCAGAAACGCCGGCAGCACAAGGAGUUGGUGCAACACCAUUUACUUUCUCUGAAUUAUCUAUAGAUCACUUAUCAACACUUGAAUAUCCAGAAACUUCAGCAACACAAGCAGUUACAGCAUCACCAUCAACUUCACCAGAAUCAUCUACAGAUCACUCAACAUCUAAACCUUCAGAAACAUCAACACAAAUGAUUUCAGAAUCUCCAUAUUCUUCCCCACAAUCAUCCACCUAUCACUCAUCAACACCUGAAUCUCCAGAAACUUCAGCACCACAAGCAUUUACAGAAUCACCAUCUACAUCACCUGAAUCACGUACAGAUCACUCAACAUCUGAAUCUCCAGAAACAUCAACACAAACCAUUUCCGGAUCUCCAAAUACUUCCCCACAAUCGUCAAGACAUCACUCAUCAACACCUGAAUCUACAGAAAUAUCAGCAACACAAGCAGGUACAGCUGCACCAUCUACUUCACCAGAAUCCUCUACAGAUCAGUCAACAACAUCUAAAUCUCCAGAAUCUUCAGCAGCACAAACAGCUGGUGCAACAACAUCUACUUUCUCUGAAUUAUCUACAGAUCACUUAUCAACAACUGAAUCUCCAGUAACUUCAGCAACACCAUUAGUUACAGCAGCACCAUCUACUUCACCUGAAUCAUCUACAGAUAACUCAACAUCUGAAUCUGCAGAAACAUCAACAAAAAUUAUUACAGAAUUUCAAUAUACCUCUUUACAUUCAACAUAUCACUCAUCAACACCUGAAUAUCCAGAAACUUCAGCAACACAAGCAGUUACAAUGUCACCACUUACUUCACCAGAAUCAUCUACAGAUCAGUCAUCCACAUCUGAAUUUACAGACAAUUUAUUGACAUCUGAAUCUCCAGGAACUUUAUCCACACCAUUGUUUGCACCAUCAGCUUUUACUUUUGCAGAAUCUUCUACAGAUCAGUCAACAACAUCUAAAUCUCCAGAAACUUCAGCCGUGCAAACAGUUGGCGAAACACCAUCUACUUUCUCUGAAUUAUCUACAGAUCACUUAUCAACAACUGAAUCUCUAGUAACUUCAGCAACAGCAUUAGUUACAAUGUCAUUAUCUACUUCACCAGACUCAUCUACAGAUCACUCAACAUCUGAAUCUUCAGAAACAUCAACAAAAAUGAUUACAGAAUUUCUAUAUACUUCCCCAGAAUCAUUAACAUAUCACUCAACUGAAUUUCCAGAAACUUCAGCAACACACUCAGUUACAGCAUCACCACCUACUUCACCAGACUCAUCUACAGAUCAUUCAUCAACAAAUGAAUCUCCAGAAACUUCAGCAACACCAUCAGCUACAAUGUCGCCAUCUACUUUUCCAGAAUUAUCUACAGAUCACUUAUCAACAGUAGAAUCUCCAGAAACUUCAGCGACACAAGCAGGGACAGCAGCACCAUGUACAUCACCAGAAUCCACUACAGAUCAGUCAACAACAUCUAAAUCUCCAGAAACGUCGGCAGCACAAAGAGUUGGUGCAACACCAUUUACUUUCUCUGAAUUAUCUAUAGAUCACUUAUCAACACUUGAAUAUCCAGAAACUUCAGCAACACAAGCAGUUACAGCAUCACCAUCAACUUCACCAGAAUCAUCUACAGAUCACUCAACAUCUGAACUUUCAGAAACAUCAACACAAAUGAUUUCAGAAUCUCCAUAUUCUUCCCCACAAUCAUCCACCUAUCACUCAUCAACACCUGAAUCUCCAGAAACUUCAGCACCACAAGCAUUUACAGAAUCACCAUCUACAUCACCUGAAUCACGUACAGAUCACUCAACAUCUGAAUCUCCAGAAACAUCAACACAAACCAUUUCCGGAUCUCCAAAUACUUCCCCACAAUCGUCAAGACAUCACUCAUCAACACCUGAAUCUACAGAAAUAUCAGCAACACAAGCAGGUACAGCUGCACCAUCUACUUCACCAGAAUCCUCUACAGAUCAGUCAACAACAUCUAAAUCUCCAGAAUCUUCAGCAGCACAAACAGCUGGUGCAACAACAUCUACUUUCUCUGAAUUAUCUACAGAUCACUUAUCAACAACUGAAUCUCCAGUAACUUCAGCAACACCAUUAGUUACAGCAGCACCAUCUACUUCACCUGAAUCAUCUACAGAUAACUCAACAUCUGAAUCUGCAGAAACAUCAACAAAAAUUAUUACAGAAUUUCAAUAUACCUCUUUACAUUCAACAUAUCACUCAUCAACACCUGAAUAUCCAGAAACUUCAGCAACACAAGCAGUUACAAUGUCACCACUUACUUCACCAGAAUCAUCUACAGAUCAGUCAUCCACAUCUGAAUUUACAGACAAUUUAUUGACAUCUGAAUCUCCAGGAACUUUAUCCACACCAUUGUUUGCACCAUCAGCUUUUACUUUUGCAGAAUCUUCUACAGAUCAGUCAACAACAUCUAAAUCUCCAGAAACUUCAGCCGUGCAAACAGUUGGCGAAACACCAUCUACUUUCUCUGAAUUAUCUACAGAUCACUUAUCAACAACUGAAUCUCUAGUAACUUCAGCAACAGCAUUAGUUACAAUGUCAUUAUCUACUUCACCAGACUCAUCUACAGAUCACUCAACAUCUGAAUCUUCAGAAACAUCAACAAAAAUGAUUACAGAAUUUCUAUAUACUUCCCCAGAAUCAUUAACAUAUCACUCAACUGAAUUUCCAGAAACUUCAGCAACACACUCAGUUACAGCAUCACCAACUACUUCACCAGACUCAUCUACAGAUCAUUCAUCAACAAAUGAAUCUCCAGAAACUUCAGCAACACCAUCAGCUACAAUGUCGCCAUCUACUUUUCCAGAAUUAUCUACAGAUCACUUAUCAACAGUAGAAUCUCCAGAAACUUCAGCGACACAAGCAGGGACAGCAGCACCAUGUACAUCACCAGAAUCCACUACAGAUCAGUCAACAACAUCUAAAUCUCCAGAAACGUCGGCAGCACAAAGAGUUGGUGCAACACCAUUUACUUUCUCUGAAUUAUCUAUAGAUCACUUAUCAACACUUGAAUAUCCAGAAACUUCCGCAACACAAGCAGUUACAGCAUCACCAUCAACUUCACCAGAAUCAUCUACAGAUCACUCAACAUCUAAACCUUCAGAAACAUCAACACAAAUGAUUUCAGAAUCUCCAUAUUCUUCCCCACAAUCAUCCACCUAUCACUCAUCAACACCUGAAUCUCCAGAAACUUCAGCACCACAAGCAUUUACAGAAUCACCAUCUACAUCACCUGAAUCACGUACAGAUCACUCAACAUCUGAAUCUCCAGAAACAUCAACACAAACCAUUUCCGGAUCUCCAAAUACUUCCCCACAAUCGUCAAGACAUCACUCAUCAACACCUGAAUCUACAGAAAUAUCAGCAACACAAGCAGGUACAGCUGCACCAUCUACUUCACCAGAAUCCUCUACAGAUCAGUCAACAACAUCUAAAUCUCCAGAAUCUUCAGCAGCACAAACAGCUGGUGCAACAACAUCUACUUUCUCUGAAUUAUCUACAGAUCACUUAUCAACAACUGAAUCUCCAGUAACUUCAGCAACACCAUUAGUUACAGCAGCACCAUCUACUUCACCUGAAUCAUCUACAGAUAACUCAACAUCUGAAUCUGCAGAAACAUCAACAAAAAUUAUUACAGAAUUUCAAUAUACCUCUUUACAUUCAACAUAUCACUCAUCAACACCUGAAUAUCCAGAAACUUCAGCAACACAAGCAGUUACAAUGUCACCACUUACUUCACCAGAAUCAUCUACAGAUCAGUCAUCCACAUCUGAAUUUACAGACAAUUUAUUGACAUCUGAAUCUCCAGGAACUUUAUCCACACCAUUGUUUGCACCAUCAGCUUUUACUUUUGCAGAAUAUUCUACAGAUCAGUCAACAACAUCUAAAUCUCCAGAAACUUCAGCCGUGCAAACAGUUGGCGAAACACCAUCUACUUUCUCUGAAUUAUCUACAGAUCACUUAUCAACAACUGAAUCUCUAGUAACUUCAGCAACAGCAUUAGUUACAAUGUCAUUAUCUACUUCACCAGACUCAUCUACAGAUCACUCAACAUCUGAAUCUUCAGAAACAUCAACAAAAAUGAUUACAGAAUUUCUAUAUACUUCCCCAGAAUCAUUAACAUAUCACUCAACUGAAUUUCCAGAAACUUCAGCAACACACUCAGUUACAGCAUCACCACCUACUUCACCAGACUCAUCUACAGAUCAUUCAUCAACAAAUGAAUCUCCAGAAACUUCAGCAACACCAUCAGCUACAAUGUCGCCAUCUACUUUUCCAGAAUUAUCUACAGAUCACUUAUCAACAGUAGAAUCUCCAGAAACUUCAGCGACACAAGCAGGGACAGCAGCACCAUGUACAUCACCAGAAUCCACUACAGAUCAGUCAACAACAUCUAAAUCUCCAGAAACGUCGGCAGCACAAAGAGUUGGUGCAACACCAUUUACUUUCUCUGAAUUAUCUAUAGAUCACUUAUCAACACUUGAAUAUCCAGAAACUUCAGCAACACAAGCAGUUACAGCAUCACCAUCAACUUCACCAGAAUCAUCUACAGAUCACUCAACAUCUGAACCUUCAGAAACAUCAACACAAAUGAUUUCAGAAUCUCCAUAUUCUUCCCCACAAUCAUCAACCCAUCACUCAUCAACACCUGAAUCUCCAGAAACUUCAGCACCACAAACAUUUACAGAAUCACCAUCUACAUCACCUGAAUCACGUUUAGAUCACUCAACAUCUGAAUCUCCAAAAACAUCAACACAAACGAUUUCAGGAUCUCCAUAUACUUUCCCACAAUCAUCAACAUAUCACUCAUCAACACCUGAAUCUACAGAAAUAUCAGCAACACAAGCAGGUACAGCUGCACCAUCUACUUCACCAGAAUCCUCUACAGAUCAGUCAACAACAUCUAAAUCUCCAGAAUCUUCAGCAGCACAAAUAGCUGGUGCAACAACAUCUACUUUCUCUGAAUUAUCUAUAGAUCACUUAUCAACACUUGAAUAUCCAGAAACUUCAGCAACACAAGCAGUUACAGCAUCACCAUCAUCUUCACCAGAAUCAUCUACAGAUCACUCAACAUCUGAACCUUCAGAAACAUCAACACAAACAAUUUCUGGAUCUCCAAAUACUUCCCCACAAUCGUCAAGAUAUCAUUCAUCAGCACUUGAAUCUCCAGAAACUUCAGCACCACAAGCAUUUACAGCAUCACCAUCUACAUCACCAGAAUCAUCUACAGAUCACUCAACAUCUGAAUUUCCAGAAACAUCAACACAAAUGAUUACAGCAGUUUCAUAUACUUCCCAAGAAUCAUCAACAUAUCCCUCUUCAAGACCUGAGUCUCCAGAAACUUCAGCAGAAGAAACAGUUACUGCAUCACCAUCUACUUUCUCAGAAUUAUCUACAGAUCACUCAUCAACAAAUGAAUCUGCAGAAGCUUCAGCAACACCAUCAGUUACAAUGUCGCCAUCUACUUUUUCAGAAUUAUCUAUAGAUCACUUAUCAACAGUUGAAUCUCCAGAAACUUCAGCGACACAAGCAGGGACAGCAGCACCAUGUACAUCACCAGAAUCCACUACAGAUCAGUCAACAACAUCUAAAUCUCCAGAAACGCCGGCAGCACAAGGAGUUGGUGCAACACCAUUUACUUUCUCUGAAUUAUCUAUAGAUCACUUAUCAACACUUGAAUAUCCAGAAACUUCAGCAACACAAGCAGUUACAGCAUCACCAUCAACUUCACCAGAAUCAUCUACAGAUCACUCAACAUCUAAACCUUCAGAAACAUCAACACAAAUGAUUUCAGAAUCUCCAUAUUCUUCCCCACAAUCAUCCACCUAUCACUCAUCAACACCUGAAUCUCCAGAAACUUCAGCACCACAAGCAUUUACAGAAUCACCAUCUACAUCACCUGAAUCACGUACAGAUCACUCAACAUCUGAAUCUCCAGAAACAUCAACACAAACCAUUUCCGGAUCUCCAAAUACUUCCCCACAAUCGUCAAGACAUCACUCAUCAACACCUGAAUCUACAGAAAUAUCAGCUACACAAGCAGGUACAGCUGCACCAUCUACUUCACCAGAAUCCUCUACAGAUCAGUCAACAACAUCUAAAUCUCCAGAAUCUUCAGCAGCACAAACAGCUGGUGCAACAACAUCUACUUUCUCUGAAUUAUCUACAGAUCACUUAUCAACAACUGAAUCUCCAGUAACUUCAGCAACACCAUUAGUUACAGCAGCACCAUCUACUUCACCUGAAUCAUCUACAGAUAACUCAACAUCUGAAUCUGCAGAAACAUCAACAAAAAUUAUUACAGAAUUUCAAUAUACCUCUUUACAUUCAACAUAUCACUCAUCAACACCUGAAUAUCCAGAAACUUCAGCAACACAAGCAGUUACAAUGUCACCACUUACUUCACCAGAAUCAUCUACAGAUCAGUCAUCCACAUCUGAAUUUACAGACAAUUUAUUGACAUCUGAAUCUCCAGGAACUUUAUCCACACCAUUGUUUGCACCAUCAGCUUUUACUUUUGCAGAAUCUUCUACAGAUCAGUCAACAACAUCUAAAUCUCCAGAAACUUCAGCCGUGCAAACAGUUGGCGAAACACCAUCUACUUUCUCUGAAUUAUCUACAGAUCACUUAUCAACAACUGAAUCUCUAGUAACUUCAGCAACAGCAUUAGUUACAAUGUCAUUAUCUACUUCACCAGACUCAUCUACAGAUCACUCAACAUCUGAAUCUUCAGAAACAUCAACAAAAAUGAUUACAGAAUUUCUAUAUACUUCCCCAGAAUCAUCAACAUAUCACUCAACUGAAUUUCCAGAAACUUCAGCAACACACUCAGUUACAGCAUCACCACCUACUUCACCAGAAUCAUCUACAGAUCACUCAUCAACAAAUGAAUCUCCAGAAACUUCAGCAACACCAUCGGCUACAAUGUCGCCAUCUACUUUUCCAGAAUUAUCUACAGAUCACUUAUCAACAGUAGAAUCUCCAGAAACUUCAGCGACACAAGCAGGGACAGCAGCACCAUGUACAUCACCAGAAUCCACUACAGAUCAGUCAACAACAUCUAAAUCUCCAGAAACGUCGGCAGCACAAAGAGUUGGUGCAACACCAUUUACUUUCUCUGAAUUAUCUAUAGAUCACUUAUCAACACUUGAAUAUCCAGAAACUUCAGCAACACAAGCAGUUACAGCAUCACCAUCAACUUCACCAGAAUCAUCUACAGAUCACUCAACAUCUGAACUUUCAGAAACAUCAACACAAAUGAUUUCAGAAUCUCCAUAUUCUUCCCCACAAUCAUCCACCUAUCACUCAUCAACACCUGAAUCUCCAGAAACUUCAGCACCACAAGCAUUUACAGAAUCACCAUCUACAUCACCUGAAUCACGUACAGAUCACUCAACAUCUGAAUCUCCAGAAACAUCAACACAAACCAUUUCCGGAUCUCCAAAUACUUCCCCACAAUCGUCAAGACAUCACUCAUCAACACCUGAAUCUACAGAAAUAUCAGCAACACAAGCAGGUACAGCUGCACCAUCUACUUCACCAGAAUCCUCUACAGAUCAGUCAACAACAUCUAAAUCUCCAGAAUCUUCAGCAGCACAAACAGCUGGUGCAACAACAUCUACUUUCUCUGAAUUAUCUACAGAUCACUUAUCAACAACUGAAUCUCCAGUAACUUCAGCAACACCAUUAGUUACAGCAGCACCAUCUACUUCACCUGAAUCAUCUACAGAUAACUCAACAUCUGAAUCUGCAGAAACAUCAACAAAAAUUAUUACAGAAUUUCAAUAUACCUCUUUACAUUCAACAUAUCACUCAUCAACACCUGAAUAUCCAGAAACUUCAGCAACACAAGCAGUUACAAUGUCACCACUUACUUCACCAGAAUCAUCUACAGAUCAGUCAUCCACAUCUGAAUUUACAGACAAUUUAUUGACAUCUGAAUCUCCAGGAACUUUAUCCACACCAUUGUUUGCACCAUCAGCUUUUACUUUUGCAGAAUCUUCUACAGAUCAGUCAACAACAUCUAAAUCUCCAGAAACUUCAGCCGUGCAAACAGUUGGCGAAACACCAUCUACUUUCUCUGAAUUAUCUACAGAUCACUUAUCAACAACUGAAUCUCUAGUAACUUCAGCAACAGCAUUAGUUACAAUGUCAUUAUCUACUUCACCAGACUCAUCUACAGAUCACUCAACAUCUGAAUCUUCAGAAACAUCAACAAAAAUGAUUACAGAAUUUCUAUAUACUUCCCCAGAAUCAUCAACAUAUCACUCAACUGAAUUUCCAGAAACUUCAGCAACACACUCAGUUACAGCAUCACCACCUACUUCACCAGAAUCAUCUACAGAUCACUCAUCAACAAAUGAAUCUCCAGAAACUUCAGCAACACCAUCGGCUACAAUGUCGCCAUCUACUUUUCCAGAAUUAUCUACAGAUCACUUAUCAACAGUAGAAUCUCCAGAAACUUCAGCGACACAAGCAGGGACAGCAGCACCAUGUACAUCACCAGAAUCCACUACAGAUCAGUCAACAACAUCUAAAUCUCCAGAAACGUCGGCAGCACAAAGAGUUGGUGCAACACCAUUUACUUUCUCUGAAUUAUCUAUAGAUCACUUAUCAACACUUGAAUAUCCAGAAACUUCAGCAACACAAGCAGUUACAGCAUCACCAUCAACUUCACCAGAAUCAUCUACAGAUCACUCAACAUCUGAACUUUCAGAAACAUCAACACAAAUGAUUUCAGAAUCUCCAUAUUCUUCCCCACAAUCAUCAACCCAUCACUCAUCAACACCUGAAUCUCCAGAAACUUCAGCACCACAAACAUUUACAGAAUCACCAUCUACAUCACCUGAAUCACGUUUAGAUCACUCAACAUCUGAAUCUCCAAAAACAUCAACACAAACGAUUUCAGGAUCUCCAUAUACUUUCCCACAAUCAUCAACAUAUCACUCAUCAACACCUGAAUCUACAGAAAUAUCAGCAACACAAGCAGGUACAGCUGCACCAUCUACUUCACCAGAAUCCUCUACAGAUCAGUCAACAACAUCUAAAUCUCCAGAAUCUUCAGUAGCACAAACGGCUGGUGCAACAACAUCUACUUUCUCUGAAUUAUCUAUAGAUCACUUAUCAACACUUGAAUAUCCAGAAACUUCAGCAACACAAGCAGUUACAGCAUCACCAUCAUCUUCACCAGAAUCAUCUACAGAUCACUCAACAUCUGAACCUUCAGAAACAUCAACACAAACAAUUUCUGGAUCUCCAAAUACUUCCCCACAAUCGUCAAGAUAUCAUUCAUCAGCACUUGAAUCUCCAGAAACUUCAGCACCACAAGCAUUUACAGCAUCACCAUCUACAUCACCAGAAUCAUCUACAGAUCACUCAACAUCUGAAUUUCCAGAAACAUCAACACAAAUGAUUACAGCAGUUUCAUAUACUUCCCAAGAAUCAUCAACAUAUCCCUCUUCAAGACCUGAGUCUCCAGAAACUUCAGUAACACAAGCAGUUACAGCAUCACCAUCAACUUCACCAGAAUCAUCUACAGAUCACUCAACAUCUGAAUCUUCAGAAACAUCAACACAAGUGAUUUCAGCAUCUCCAUAUACCUCUUUACAUUCAACGUAUCACUCAUCAACUCCUGAAUAUCCAGAAACUUCAGCAACACAAGCAGUUACAAUGUCACCACUUACUUCACCAGAAUCAUCUACAGAUCAGUCAUCCACAUCUGAAUUUACAGACAAUUUAUUGACAUCUGAAUCUCCAGGAACUUUAUUCACACCAUUGUUUGCACCAUCAGCUUUUACUUUUGCAGAAUUAUCUACAGAUCAGUCAACAUCUAAAUCUCCAGAAACUUCAGGAACACAAGCAGUUAGUGGAUCACCAUCUACUUUCUCAGAAUUAUCUACAGAUCACUCACCAACCACUGAAUCUCCAGUAACUUCAGCAACACAAGCAGUUACAAUGUCACCAUCUACUUCAACAGAAUCCUAUACAGAUCAGUCAUCAACAUCUGAAUAUCUAGAAUGUUUAUCAACACCAUUGGCUACAGUAUCACAUGUUGUUUCACCAGAAUCAUCUCCAGAUCACUCAACAUCUGAAUCCCCAGAAACGUCAACACAAACAAUUACAGAAUUUCCAUAUACUUCCCCGGAAUCAUCAACAUAUCACUCACCAACAACGGAAUCUCUAGAAACUUCAGCAACACCAUCAGUUACAGCAUCCCUUUAUACUUCCCCAGAAUCUUCUACAGAUCAGUCAUCAACACCUAAAUCUCCCGGAAAUUUAUCAGCACCAUCGGUUAUAGCAUCUAUCGUUCCAGAAUCUUCUACAGAUUUGACCUUGACAUCUUCAGCAAUAAAAGUGAAAACCACUGUAGACUAUCAGUCAACACCGAGAGCUUUCUCUUCAUCAUAUGCAACACAAGAAUCAAGUGUAACAUUUUCAAGUCCAUUAUUUCCAUCUGUACUUUCACCUGCUUCACAAACACCAUCUACCACUGAAAUAUCACCUCCAACUUUAUCAGAUCUGCCCUCAACAUUUGCAUUACUACAAUCAACAGUUAAAAUUUCACCUGCUACAGAUUCACCAUCUCCAGCUCCAACUAUAGCUGUAAUAUCCAUAUCUUCAACUCCCUCCUUUCUAUCAACAAGUAUAGCUCAAUUUACUCCAACCACAUCUUCAACAACCAUUUUUUCACCAACAACUUCUAUUCCAUCAGUAAUUACACUAACAACCACCCCUCCAAGAACAACAACUAGUAAAAAUACCAAAUCAACCACAAUAACCACCCAUCCAAUCACAACAGCACUUACAAUACCAAUAACCAAAACAAAUAACACACUAACCUCCACAGUUCCAGCAACUACCACUAAAAAAAAAAACACAACCACAUUUCCCUCAAGUACCACCACAACACCUUCUGUUUUUGUAGCAUCUACAGCUCCACACUCAACAUCUGUAGCUCCAGCAACAACAGCCACAUCUCCAACAAUAAUGGCCACCAUAAUCAAUGGUCUGAGAACAACUACAACUAUCACAUCCAUCUCUCCAACAACAGCUACCUCUCCAACAACACCCACAACUCUUACAAAUACAGCAAACCCCACCACAACCACUAGUCCAACAAUGCCCCUAAACCUAAUAACUGCAUCUCCAAAAACAACUUCAACCUCUUCUACAGCAACAACUAGCACAUCCAUUUCUUCUACAACCACCUUUCCAACAACACCAACAACAAAUCCAAAUACCACAGCCACCAUCACAACCACUGGUCCAAAAACUAUGACUAUCACAAACAUCUCUCCAACAACACCCAUAACUCCUCCGAACACAGAAACCACCACAACCACUAGUCCAGCAAUGGCAACUCCAACAACAACCAGCAAAACCAUUUCUCUAACCUUCUCUGCAACAACACCCACAAUUCCCACAAGAAUAAAAAGAACAACCACCAUCACAUACACUAAUCCAAUAAUGCCCAUACACAUCAUAUCCACCUCUCCAAAAACAAGUCCUUCAAUAACAACCAGUACAACUGUUUCUCCAGCAACCAUUUCUACAACACCAAUAACUCCUCCAGGUACAGUAAUGUCUCCCACAACCACUAGUCCAACAAUGCCAAUAAACAUCAUAACCACCUCUCCAAAAACAACAACUCCUUAUACAACAAUCAGCACAAUCAUUUCUGCAACAACCACUUCUGCAACAAUACCAACAAGUAAUCCAAAUACAACAACUAUCAUCACAACCGCUGGACUGACAACACCUACAUAUAUCACAACCAUCUCUCCAACAACAGCUACCUCUCGAACAACACCCAUAACUCCACCAAAUAUAGCAACCACCACCACAACGACUAGUCUAACAACACCCAUAAACCUAAUAAAUGCCAGUCUAAAAACUAUAGAAGCAACCGGCACAACCAUAUCUCUAGCAACCACCUCUACAACAACUUCUCUAAAUAUAACUACCACCACAACUACUCCAACAAACAUAACCACCUUUCUAAAAACACUUACAACUCCUUCAACAACAACCAGCAAAAGCACAGUUCCAGAAACAACUAUAACCCCUCCAACAACCACCAACAAAACCACCUCUCCACGAACAAUUCAACCACCAACAGCUCCACCAUCAACAAACUCUACAGCAUUUGCUCAAGCAGUGGUUAGGAUGCUAUCUGUCACUGAACUAAGCAAUGACAAAAUCAUUAUCUAUAUAGAGGAGUUUUCCAGACUCAUCCAGGCUAAGGUUAAUGGAAACAUUAAGAUUACAGUGAAGAAGAUUCAAAAAGUGACACCUUAAGCAUCACCUUUGGCGAGCAAGUAUUGAACAAUUCUCAUUUCCAUAAAUGAUUGAUGCCAGUCGAAGUUCUGCCAUCUUUUAAUUGUGGAGGUCAUAUGACCAUUAUUUGUCAGCAUUUUUGAAAGGUUAGUUUUUCCCUCAUAUACACUACAACACAAAAAACCUUCAUUUUCAGACAUAUUCCCUUUUGGAGAGCAGUCACAAAAAGAUGCACUUUGGUUGCUAAAAAUGCUGUUUUAUUGCUGAUGGGAAAGCAAAGCAGAUGAGAAAAGAUUUGUGCUUUCAAAUUUAAAAUUUACUGUGUGGACUUGACCUAAAUUGUAAAAAAAAAAAAAAAAAAAAAAAAAAAAAAAAUUGGGUUAAAAUCCUAAACUUAACAAUAAUUUAUAGUACCCCAAGCCACUACAUUUGACCCCUGCAUGAUUUUGGAUGUACAAGUCAGUAUUCAAAUAAUGCAGGAAGCCGAUAUCUGCAUGAUUUUUCAUUUCAGUGAUUUUAUACCAAAAUCAAAUGAUGUAUAGUAUCAUGAAUGUAUUACCGGGCAUAACACUGCUAUAUGUCACUAUGUCAGUGCAAAUGCACCAUAUUAUCAACUCAGGAUGUCAACUGAUUCAUUAUAGUAACUUUCGCCAAAUAUGUAAGCAUAGUUGUGUUCUGUUAAUAUGAUUCUGUACUGAUAUAAUUUAAAUUCCUGCUGUGUCACACAUAGUAGUCGACUAUGCAAUGUUAUCACAAUAUACAUAUAUAUAUAUAUAUAUAUAUAUAUAUAUAUAUAUAUAUAUAUAUAUAUAUAUAUAUAUAUAUAUAAUAUAUUCUGCAGUGCCAUUAUUCUGUUGGUCAUUACAGUGCCAUUAAAUUAAUAGAAAUAGGUGAAAAACACUCACUCUACAUCAUAGCAAAAAUGCUCUCUCAUACAUCUUACAAAGAGCUUGUAUGUUUGUAACUGAAUAAAAUACCUAUUUAUGUUUUUCUCUAAUAAACCAUGUUUUGACCAUUGA